UCUGAACGGCAUUCGUGUUCCAGGCACUCCAGGGUGGACAAAACAAACGCUUCCACGGACAGCAGCUGCUAAAUCGAGAACGCUAACGUAGGGGGAGAAAAAAAACAUUUCGUUUAUUUACACCUCCGCCGCUGUUCUGUCAUUUUUAAUGUUUUUUAGGGAAUAUAAUAUACAAAGCUGGUGUGUGCAGUUAAUUUAAAAGUAUAAAGCGGUGUCAUACUUUCAUCUUUACUAGGGAAGCCUGGGUAUAAACAGCAGAUUCGCUUUGCCCACACAACUGAUGGCGAGUGCCAAUAAGAGACCAUCCUUACAGGGACCGGUGCCUCCUCCUCGCAAGAAGACAGCACUCAAAGCUGAGCUGACUGAGGAGCAGAAACAGGAGAUCAAAGAUGCCUUUGAGCUCUUUGACACAGAUGGAUCUGGAUACAUUGACGUUAAAGAACUCAAGGUUUCGAUGAGAGCUCUGGGCUUUGAACCCAAAAAAGAGGAGAUUAAGAAGAUGAUCGGUGAAGUGGAUAAGGAUGGCACGGGAAAGAUCUCCUUUGGAGACUUCCUCAGCGUCAUGACGCAAAAGAUGGCUGAAAAGGAUUCCAAAGAGGAAAUACUAAAAGCCUUCCGCCUAUUUGACGACGACGAAACCGGCAGGAUCUCCUUCAAGAACCUGAAAAGAGUCGCCAAGGAGCUGGGAGAGACCCUCACAGAUGACGAGCUGCAGGAAAUGAUUGACGAGGCGGACCGAGAUGGAGAUGGAGAAGUAAACCAACAGGAGUUCCUGCGGAUUAUGAAGAAAACGUGCCUGUAUUGACGGAAGUCUAUUAUCCUGACAAAACGGUUUGACCCGGAAAGCUGCUUUUAGAUUUCAUUCUCUCGCAAUUGUCCAUUUUACUUCUAUCAUUGCAAUUGUUGCGACGUGUCAGAAAUGGAAAUGAAUUUUAAACAUGUAUUUAAAAUCCUAUCUAGGUCGUUGUACAAUCACAACAUCACUGUCAAGUUAACAGAUGCUCUGGUUCGAUACCGCAUACUGUUGUGAAGAUUACUGAUAUUUGUCAAAUACUAUCAGUGCCUGCAUUUCAACCGUAAUACAUUCUUAAAAUAAUACCGGCAUAUUUAGUUUGUACAUUAACUAGUAUGAACUAGGCAUGCUGUCAAGACAAAGUCAGUGAUAGAGAGUAAUACAUCUUUACACAUCAUAAAAGGAAGCUUUGCCAUGAUGUGCACAAAAUGAAAAUAGCAACACCUUCACAGAAUAUAGAAAAUUACAUGCCAAUUGUCUCUUUCCAAUGUUACAGUAUGAACAUGGCUAAUCUUUUGAAUGAUACAUAGUGUUUUGUCUGUAUUUUUGAAUGUUUUGUAUGUUGUACAGUGCAUAAAAAAAUACAAAUAUCGCUUACUGUACAGAUUAUUGUA